GUGCAGCGGAGAGCACUUGGGGAGAACCGUCCAAUCCCGACUCAGCCAGCGAGUACAAGGGCGGCUUCCGUGAUCUGGCCGGGCCCUUUCCUUCUGAGCCGCCCUUCUCGCUAUCUGGCUUUAGGCUUCUGUCGCCAGCCCUGGGGUCCCAGGUGGCUUUGCCCUGCAGGUGCUGAAGAUCCCUGGUGGCCGCCUGACUCCCGAGCGCCAGGAAAUGGAACUGUUGACAUUCAGGGAUGUGGCCAUUGAUUUGUCUGAAGAGGAAUGGGAAUACCUGGAGCCUGCUCAGAGGAAUUUAUACAGAGAUGUGAUGUUAGAGAACUACAGAAACUUGGUCUUCCUGGCCAUGACCUCUCAUCAUACUCAGAAAAUUUUACCAGAACCCAGCAGACAGCAUUUAUUUAUAAAAGUGAUAAAGAGAAGAUAUGAAUAUUGCAAACUUGACCAUUUACAACAAAAGAAAAUACAGAACAGUGUAGGUAACAGUGAAGGUCAGAAAUCAUAUUAUAAAGGACAAGACCAAUUAGAAGUGACUAUUCUUAAUAAAAAUGUCCUUAAUACCAUCCACAGUCCUCAAGAAGAUUUAAUAGCUCACAAAAGUAUUCAAUUUAUAACUGAAGGACAAGUUUCUGAAAGUGCUGAUUUUGAAAAUGUUUUUACAAUCUCUCCAUCAUUCUGCAAUGAACAAAAGAUUUCUUCUUCUGCCCAAACAUACACUUUUAAUGAUUGUGGAAAGGCCCGUAUGCACUCCAUACUACUUAAUCAAAAUUCAGAUAUAGGUUUCUGGAAAGCAUGUAAUACAUGUGAUGAAACAAGCAACACCUUCAGCCAGGUCUCUAUGCUAAGCAAUUACCAGUGCCCUUACAUUGGAGAGAAAAAGCAUGAAUGUAGCAAAACUCAUAACAACUUUAGCUUUGGUUGCAAUAAAAGAGAACAUCAGUGUGGUCAUUGUGCACAGAACAUUUACAAAAAUGAGAAAUGGGAGAAUAUCUUUUCUCAAUGCCCAAAUCACCAUCCAAGUACUCAGUACCAAGAGAUGCCUUGCUAUUGUGAGGAAUAUGAGAGACCUUCUUAUCUAACUACAAGUCUUUCUCAGUAUAGUGGAGCUCAACCUGGAAGGGAGCCUUACAAAUUUAAGAAAUGUGGUCAAGCAGGGAAUUCCACACCACUUUUCAAACACCACAGGUACCAUAACAGUGAACAACACUUCAAAUUUAAAGAAUGUGGCAAAACUUAUAAUCAAGAACAACCCUCUUUUAAGCACCACAGAAUUCAUAGUGGACAGAAAUCCUACAAAUGUGAAGAAUGUGGCAAAUCCUUUAAUAUUUGCUCAACAAUUUCUAAAAACCUGAGAUGGCAUAGCAGUGAAGAAGCAUACAAAUGUAAGGAAUGUGAAAAAAAAAUUAAGAAUUUUUCAACCCUUCCUCAAUGCCAAAGUAUUCCUAUGGGAGAGAAGCCCCACAUAUGUGAAGAAUGUGGGAAAAGUUUUACUAAAAGAGGACAACUUACUCAACACCAGAGAAUACAUAUCACAGAGAAGCCCUACAAAUGUGAAGAAUGUGGGAAAGGAUUUACUCGAAGAGCACAACUUACCCUACAUCACAGUAUUCAUACUGGAGAGAAGCCCUACAAAUGUAAGGAAUGUAGCAAGGCUUUUAGGUGUAGUUCGUAUCUUACUCAACAUCAGAGAAUUCAUACUGGAGAGAAGCCCUAUAGAUGUAAAAAAUGUGGGAAAGAAUAUAGACAAACUGCAGGUCUUUCUCAGCACCAGAGUACUCAUACUGCAGAGAAACCCUAUAAAUGUAAAGAAUGUGGGAAAGGAUUUACUCGAAGAACACACCUUACUCUACACCACAGUAUUCAUACUGAAGAGAAACCCUACAAAUGUAAGGAAUGUAGCAAAGCUUUUAAUCGAAGAUCAAACCUUACACAACACCAGAGAAUUCAUACUGGAGAGAAGCCCUACAAAUGUAAAGAAUGUGGGAAAGAAUAUACUCAAAGAGCAGGUCUUACUCUACACCAGAGUACUCAUACUGUAGAGAAGCCCUACAAAUGUGAAGAAUGUGGAAAAGGAUUUGCUCAAAGAGUACACCUCACUCUACACCACAGUAUUCAUACUGGAGAGAAGCCCUACAAAUGUAAGGAAUGUGGCAAAGCUUUUAGGUGUAAUUCAUUUCUUACUCGACAUCAGAGAAUUCAUACUGGAGAGAAGCCCUACAAGUGUAAAGAAUGUGGGAAAGAAUAUACUCAAAGAGCAGGCCUUGCUCAUCACCAGAGUAUUCAUACUGGAGAGAAGCCCUACAAAUGUGAAAAAUGUGGCAAACGAUACACUCAAAGAGUAGGGCUUACUCAGCACCAGAGAUUUCAUACAGGAGAGAAGCCCUACAAAUGUAAUAAGUGUGUUAAAGCUUUUAGGUAUAAAUCAAGCCUUACCCAGCACCAGAGAAUUCAUAAUGCAGAGAUUCAAGUUGAAGAAUAUUGGAAAGGUCUUUAGUAUGGUUUACUCAUCACCAGCCAAUAAUAAUGAGGAGAGGUAGUACAAAUGUAAAAACUGUUGCAGACCUUUUAGCAAUGGCUCAAACAUUGCUUAUCACUGGAGAAUUCAUGUGCAAAGAAUCCAGAACAGUGUAAAUACUGUGCCCAAGUCUUUACACAAAUUUCAAGUUUUCCUUAACAUUAGAAACCUGAUACCUAUACGGAAUUGGGAAAGAUAUUUGCCUGAAAUACAUGCCUUAAAAAACAGCAAAAUAUCUACAAUAAAGAAAACAUCUUUAGAAAUAUAAGAAAUAUAGCAAAGCCCUUAUCUGUACUUUGUAUCUUGAUAUAUGUGAGAGGGAAAUGAGAAAAUUCUUUUAACUUUUGUUUAAAAUUUGUUAAAAAUCCCUAGGUGAGGUGGGAGAAAUAAAGAAAUUAUCACAAGUACUAUAAAAUAGUGCAGAAAACUUGACUCUGGAAGGAUGUAAAUUUAUUAUAAAUCAAAGACUUCUCAACAUUUUCACUUUUGAAAACUGAAGAAAACAAUUUAACUUAGAUUUUUUUUAGAAGAAGAAGACAUGUUCCUAAGAGUUGUUAGUCUAUAAUUUCAAGACUUUACAGUGGAUUAUAAAAUAGUUUAUUCACAUUGUGUAUAAAUUUUCCCACUAAAUAAAAGUAAAAAUUUUUAAUGUUUAA